AUUUCUCACCUGUGCGCAUGCCCACUUAUAUACUCAUAAACUUCCGCUUCACUUCCGUUUUACCUGCAAUGGCUGGAUGGUUUGAAAAUAAUGUAGAAGAAAAGUUUCACGUUUGAAUUGAAGCAGAUGUGACAAGAGCUUCAGCGUCAAGAAGGACUAUCACAGUAAAUAACUGUCAUCAUGUCACAGUAUUUGUCACAGCCUCGGGGCUAUGCCUCCGAGUCGGAAACGGGGAGCAUGUAUGAACUGCGACAGUACCCCUCCUACUACUCCUCUCAGGCGUCCAUCACCCCCUAUGGCAGUCACAAGAGUUUACUGUCCAUGUACACCCCCUCCCAGGCCUCAACAUUCCUCCCAAUUGUUCAAAACGCACCAAACCCUGAAAAGAGACCAGCUGAUAAUUUUGGAAUUGCCAUGUUUUCUGUAUUCAUAAACCCUAUUUUUGGAGUCAUUGCAAUUUUUCUUUCACAAAUGUCCAAGGACUACUUCAACAGGUGUAAAUACAUCAAGGCGUCCAAGUACGGGGCGUAUGCCAAAGGCACAGCGAUGGGUGGGAUCAUAUCAAUGAUUAUAGUCCUGCUCCUGAUAGCAGCACAACUCAUCCACUACCACAUGAAGUUCUACUACUAGAGGGCAUUGGGCUAAUCAUUGUACAAGAUACAUUCCUUAGUUCUUGCAUGUGGUUCAUAUUUAUAAUUAUUCUUAGAACUUGAACACAUAGUCCAGACAGUUGAAAUAUGUGUAUUUGGAGGACUGUGAAAAUAUAUAUGAAAGUGAUAUAUAUGCAACAUACAUAUAUAUUGUGGUUAAGGUACUUUAGAUAUGAAAAGUGCUCAGAUUUACAAAGAAUCAAAUUUCUGGUUUUAAAUAUUUUUUUCCGUAUAAGUAUUACCGGUAUGUAAUUUAUUGAUGCUGCUAGAAUUUGUUCUUUUUUAAAGUGUCAGGGAAAUACUGGUACUCUUAGUAUUGGUAUGCUUUUUUGCAAUUUCUAAAACUGGGUUUUCAUAAGGGAAUUCUGCCAUAUAUUUUAAUGUCAUUCUGAGAUAAAUACACUAUACUGGUCUGACAAAUUUUUAGCAUAUAUAUUUUGUAUAUAACAAUGAAUUUUAGCUGUCAUUUGUAAAUGUACCCAUUAAUCAAUAUCAUGAUUUUUAUAUUGACAUAUCAAAGCAUGUGAUUAUUUUAUCAUUGUUGGAUAUGAUUUUCCAUUGCAUGGAUGCCGCAAACCAAAUUGUUAUGAAUGGAAUGGAAAAAGAAUUAUAUAUUGUAUUGAACUCUUAAAAACAUUUUUUAAAAAGUUUUAUUGCUUUCUUCUUUACAUGCUCCUUUAAAUGUUCCGUUUUUUAUGUAAUUGGACAAAAAAUCAAUCAGUAUGUUACAAUGUGAUUAAUAUGAAAUGCUUCAUAAACCUGUCAACUUUUUUAUCAUUUGCUAAAUUAGAUUUAUGUAAUAAUCAUUUAUUAAAAUGCUAAUUUUUAUAUACAGGUAUAUCAAUUUUCUCACCCCCUUCACCCUACACAAAAUUCAAACAAGCUUCGCUGAGAAGGAAUUUUCUUUUAAAAGAAUGUGAUUAAAAAUCAAGGGGAAUAUCUUUUAUGAUGUUGCUAUAGAAUGUGCCAUUUUUCGACGAUAUCUUCAAGUGCAACAAAUUAAUUAUUCUUCCAAUAUUUGUCUGUAUAUAAUAUAUCAAUGUACAUUUGUACCUAGAAGUCUUUGUACUCUUUUUGUAACAAACAAAUAAUAAACAUGAACAUGC